AUGACUUCUUUGCCUUCUCUCCCAGUGAAGCACAAUGACUUCGUGAAGUAUGUCAACUCCAACCCGGAGAAACCCAUGGCCAACUUGGUUCAGCCAUAUAACGAUUAUGAUGCCGUUCUGCGCAAGAAAUUUGCUCAAGACCCCUCUCACCCAUCAAUCCAAGACAAUCACGUCAACAUUGUGCCGCUGUACGACCAGAACGGUUCCACAGAUAUUUCCAUUCGAGCUCGGGACCUUGUCUCGGAAACGCCAGAGCAAACGGAGAAGUAUCUUUUGCCGCUAAAUGCAAAAGACCGGAAGCCACAUGGUUCUGCGGCAGUUGUCCCCUCCUUGAAUGAGUUCAAGAACAACUUUGCGCUCUUCACAGAGGGCUCGUUAAGUGAAAUUGACUGGUCCAACGUGGUCGCUGCUGGUAGCGCUGUCAUGACCUCACUUUUGCCUGUGCCAGAAAAAUAUCGCAACUCAAAGCGUGGCCUUCGCAAAUACUACCAUGAAGAGUUUGCUCCGGCGUCAGAUGUGGAUCUCUUCUUGUAUGGUCUGACCGAGGAGCAGGCUCUGGAGAAGAUCAUGCACAUCGAGGAUAAAAUCAAGAACACUAUCCUCUACGAGACCACGACUAUCCGGACCAAGAAUACAAUUACCAUUGCUUCUCAGUAUCCGAACCGCCAUGUGCAAAUUGUGCUUCGCAUCUACCGCUCAGUCGCUGAGAUUCUCACCGGCUUUGACGUCGAUGCUGCAUGCGCGGCUUAUGAUGGUCGCCAGGUAUAUACCUCUCCACGCGCCAUCGCUGCAUACAUCACGCAGGCGAAUCAGAUUGACCUAACUCGACGAUCACCAUCAUAUGAAAACCGUCUCUCCAAGUAUUCGCACCGAGGAUUCGAGGUUUUCUGGCCGGCUCUGGACAGAUCGAAGAUUGACCCGACCAUCUUCGAGAGAAGCUUUACCAGAACUGAAGGACUUGCACGACUUCUGGUAUUGGAAAAGCUUCCUCGGGCUGAAGACCGGGACAACUACCUCCAAAAGAGGCGCGAAGAACGAGGUCGUCCUCCUCUGAAUUUGUACCUGCAUGGUCGUCUUGGUCAAAUGUUGCAUGGUAACCUCAAGGAUGAGUGGGAAGAUGAGGUACCUGAUUGGCAAGAGCAAGACCAAGUGUCUGAUUACCAUACCUUUAAUAUUCCUUAUGGUAGGAGAUUCAACGCUAGGAACAUUGAGAAGCUACUUUACACUAAGGAUCUGUUGCUGAACGCCCAAUGGAAUCAGCCGGAAGACCGUACAGUUUAUCUUCAUCGUCACCCAGCAUUCUUCGGCGAGGCGGAACAUGUCAUUGGCGAUUGCUGUGGCUUCUGCCCCAAGCCUGUUACUGAGGAGGAAGUGGAGGUGGCCGACGAGGAGGCUAAGAUUUAUAUCUCUGGUCAAAUUACUUUCAUCAAAGAUGAUCCUGGUCGCCAGGAAAUUGGAAGUUUCAAUCCGAUCACUGAGACUGAUUGGACCGAAAUGGCUUACGUUGGCCGCACCGAGAGACUUUGCCAGGCAAUUGUAGCAAACGAUGUUGACUCUGUUAAAGCUUUCCUUGCGGAUGAGGGUGCCAAUCCGGACCGUCGUGACUACACUGGACGGACACCACUCCAACUCGCGUGCAUGUGCUCGACCCCUGAAGUCGUUCAAUGCCUUGUUGACGGCGGCGCCCGCAUGAUUCCCCGAAUGGCUGAUGGAAAGACUGCUCUCCACAUUGCCGCGGCCCGGGGACACACCGAGAUCAUUCGAAUUCUACUUGCAAAGAGCAACCAGAAUGAAGAAGAAGAAGCUAAGAAGCAGGAGACGCUAAAAAAGAACGACAAGUCAGAGACCGAGCCUAGCACAGCUGGAGAUGAAGACAUCGAGAUGAUUGACCAAACUGAUGCCGUGUCUCGCACCUCUGCUUCUUAUGUCAAGGUCGAAGCUGAGGAGGAUGAGGAGGACUUGACCACGUACGAUAUGCUCGAAGAGAACGACCUCGAGCCGGAUAUCUACGAUAUCAAUGUCGUUGCAUGGGAUAGUCGGACUGCUCCUUUGCAUCUCGCCAUUCUCCAUGGUCACACUGAGGCCGUGAAAGAGCUUGUCACGUCCUUUGGUGCCGAUGUGCUGAUGCCAGUUAAAAUCCUGAAUGAGCACAACAAAUCACCCCUGGCUGCAAUUCUCAACCUUGUUCUCAUCCAUGCCCUCCCAUUUGAGAAAGCAAAGGAGAUGUCGCAGACCCUUCUCGAUCUCGGCGCUUCACCAGCCCAAGCAGACCUCAAGCAGAAGACACCGCUAUACUACCUUGCUCAUUCCAACAAGUUUGACAUUCUUGAUAUCUACAUGCAGCAUGAUGAGCCGGCAGUAAAGCGUGCAAUCAAUCACUUGGCAGCUCAGGGCACGACCUGGACACCAGAAUACUCCUCGGCAUUGAUGGCCGCUAUCACAGCGAAGAAUGCACCCGCGGCAGCGAAGCUUUUGGGUGCAGGUGCCCACCCUGAGAUUGACAUCGGCGACAUUGUGAAGCUCAUUACGGCAUCUAGAGGAAGCACGACCUUCUACGACGUUGAAGACACCGCAAAGUCCAGUGUGAAGCAGCCGAUCUUCCUGGCUAUUGAGAAUGACCUUCCUUUGCUUGCUAUUGAUCUGCUUCAUCGCGGGGCGAACCCUAACGCCGUAAUCAAGGGGAAAUAUCAAGGCAAGGGUCGAACGCUAUUGGACGUCAUGCGCCAAACGUUACAACCGCUCCGUGAUUUCUUGGUCGAGCGCAAGCACGAAUGGCAUGGCAAUUCCAUUGGAACUCCCCUCGAUCCAAGUGACGAGACAUAUUUGUCGGAGUUCCAACCCGGUAGUUACAAAAUGUUCACCGCAAAGGACCUGCUCCGCAACGUGCGCAAGGCGAACAGAGCGGUCGAACAACAAGCUGAGAAGGCCAGAGCCAUCCUGCCUGAUCCUCCUGGCUUGGUCGAGAAGAAGGCGUUCAUUGCGGAGUUGGUCCGCGACUACGAGAAGCUGGAGUUCAUUAUGCUGCAAAAAGAUGCAAAGACCUGGGACGAGCUUCAUCCUCCACAGAACGUUCCCGUGCCGGCCCCAGUCCACGUUUCGACUAAGAACACACCGCUCCCGCCUAAGCCUUGGAAAGCCAACUUCAACUUUAAUGUACCAGCUAUCACUGACAACGCUCGUGACGGAUAUCUGCAACUCUUUGAAGCAGCCUGGAAUGGCGACAUUGAUACCAUCAAAACCUUGACACUGGGGAUGUGGGGCUCUCUCAAUGACCAAGCACCACUUGAGAUCGCCGUGACCGACAUGCAUGGCCUGUCCGCCCUUACAAUUUCUAUUAUGCGGGGCCACUUUGCCGUCGCUAAGGCUAUUCUUCAAAUCCUCCACGUGCAGUACGAGGUCAAGGAGCCUCGCGGUCGGAAGCGCUUUGAGAUCGACGUCGAUCAAUGCUCUGACGACUCUGAUAACUCUGAUGGAGAGAACGAUGAUCUGAAAAUCAUCAGUGACAUGGUUGAUGAGAUAUUCACCUACGAAAACAUCGGUGAAGUUAGCAAUCAGGUCAAGAGCCAUACAUCCCCUUUUGCUGCUUUCGAGCGACGGUUCGAUGCCUUUUUGUUUUUGGACGAAUACGAGCACGAGGAUUGGGACAAGAAAGACAACCCUGUCAAUGUUAACGGGUUGUUGAAAUACGCUGUUUACACUAACAACAUUCCUCUUUUGGAAUUCCUUCUGAAGACCGGACUAGACCUUGCUUCCACAAACCCCUCUGGAAAGGGCGAGUUCUUGGUAAAAUUCGACGAGUUCGAGCUUGCGAUUUCGUUUGGACGUACAGAUUGUCUUGCCAAAAUGAUUCAAAGCACUGGAGCGGGCCUUCCUCUCACGAAAUUGAGUAAGGACUGUGGCGUUGAGGAGAAGAAAGAGCCUCAGUACUACCCUGGGUUGUCGAUCCGUGGCGCCAAGCGUGCCGAUUGGGCUAAUGCUGGUCGAGAGCAACCGAUGGGAGCGCAGGCACAGCGUCCUCCCCUUCUUAUUGCGGCUCGCCGGGGUAAUCUGGCCAGUACAGAGUUCUUCCUUGGUACCGCGCCUGCUCGCUAUUACCUGGAGUACCUCAAUGCGAACAAAGAUGAUGAAAGAGUUAAACGGUUGACUCAGUGCAAGCUCGGACUCGAGGGGACGCUCUUAACCUGGUUACAAGCGAGAAACAACCUCGUCCUCCACUGCGCGAUCUUGUCCGAACCAAACGACGAAUCCGUUCGUCUGGUUCAGUAUCUUGUGGAUCAUCACCCUGAAUGUCUGGAGGUCCGAUCGACAGAAGGAAUGACGCCUCUCUCCCUUGCCAUGUCCAUGCACAAGGUCCGCUUCGCCCGCAUCUUGGUAGAUGCCGGAGCCAACCAGGCCGUCCGCGACAAAGAGGCGCGCAAUCUCCUCCACCUCAUCCUCGUAUCAGACGGUGGUCGGGUCUGCAAGCACACCAACCGAUGCACAAGACUCAUAGACCUGCUGGAUAAGCAACUCCUCCCAACAAUGCUCAUGGAGCGCGGCGGCGAAGGCUCAAGAACACCGUUUUCACGCUGGCUUCACGCCCAACUUCCCUUCAUUCCAGGGGAUCCGGCCAUCCCUCGGGCCCCUGACACUCCCCAGACCGAAGAUGAGAUAAUAACUUCCAUGACGAACCUCAUUCUGGAUCUAGCCAGCUCCACGGACCAAAAGCAUCUGGAAGUCUUUGACGAAGCUGGAAAUACACCACUGCAUGAUGCAGUCAAGAAUGGCUUCCCCCAAGUCCUUGGGCUACUCCUCGAUCGUCGUCCUGAUAUGCUCAACCGGGAAAAUGCCACUGGUACGACCCCUCUCGAAAUGGCGGUUGACGCUUGGGUCAACAAGACUACCUCCGCGCCGCCUGUCGGUCCUCCGGGAUCGUCAAAUACCCACCCUGAGUGGCUGAGCGCACUUCAGCGCGCUCCGCGAUUCUUUAUUCCUGGUAGCAGGCUCAAGUACGACCGAGAGAAGGAAAUGCUUCGGGUUUGUCAGGAACGAGCUCAGCAACGGCCUGGAAAGCGAAGACUUGUCAGUCUGUUUGAGGCGAAUGAGGUCGCUAAGAGAUUGGCGGCAGCCGGGCGGACCACUGUUCGGCGUGGUGGCUCUGGAUAUGAUAGUGAGUCUACGGAUUCUGAGGACGAUCCUGAAGGGUGGGGAAGUAUGUCUGCUCAUUGCUAG